UUCGGCGCCAAUUUUGGGGAUGGCGUAACUCAAUGAAGAAAGCAGGUGAGAAGGACAGGCGGUAUGACAGACAGUUAAGGCUCUGGGGAGAUCAUGGACAGUAUGCGCUAGAACGUGCUAAAGUGUGCUUGUUGAGGGCAGGGGCUCUGGGAGCGGAAAUUCUUAAAAACCUAGUGCUACCUGGUGUUGGCAGUUUCACAAUUAUAGAUAACUGUUGUGUGACGGAGGAUGACUUAGGAAGCAAGUAAGUGGCUUUUCCUCAAGUAUUAUUUCAGUUUCUUUCUCUCUGAAAACCACUUAGGAAAGUCAAGAGCUCAAGCUGUGACAGAAACUUUGAUGGAGCUAAAUGAAGAGGUGAAUGGAAAUUACUUGAUUGAGGAUAUUCAUGAUUUGUUGGAAAAAGACCCUCAGAUUUUCCUCUCCUUUGAUGCUGUUAUUGUAACUGACGCCAGAGAAAAAUUGUUAAUUCGUCUAAGUCAACUUUUGCACGGUACUUCAAUAACUCUGAUUGUGUGCUUCAGUAUCGGCAUUGUAGGAUAUUUACGAAUCUGUACUCCUGAACAUGUGAUAGUAGAAUCACAUCCAGAUUCUUCUUGUCCUGAUCUCAGGCUUGAUCGGCCACUUCCAGAUUUAGUCAAAAUGGCGAAUGACCAGCCGUUGGAAGAAAUGACAUCUGAACAGCUUAGUCAUACACCUUGGCUAAUAAUCGUCCAUGUUUUUGUACAAAAGUUUAUUUCACUUCAUGGCCAUUUCCCACGAAAUCAUAAAGAAAAGGCUGAAGUUAAAGAUAUGAUCUCUAAAGGCGCAAUCGAUCUUUGGAAUCAACUACAAAAACGUGAAAGUAAUUUGGAUGCAUCAUAUGUAUUAGAGAAUUUCCAAGAGGCAUGCCGUGCAGUUAACACAGCAGUUUCACCGACCACAAUUCCUUUAAAUGUGAAGAAGUUAAUUGAGGAUGACCGUUGUGAUGAUGCCUGUCUUCUAAAUACGGGAAUCCCGCGAUCGUGUAGUGCACAUUCAAAUCUCCCAACAAUGAACUACCAGUCAUCAUCCGGUCGUGAUUCUGCUCAAUUAACUAUAACAACAGUGAAAUUCUGGCGUUUAGUUCGAGCUUUACGUGAUUUUAUUGAACAGGAAGGUGAAGGUCAAUUGCCAGUACGUGGCAGCCUUCCAGAUAUGAUAUCUGAUUCUCAUCGUUACCUGAAAUUGUUAUCAAUUUAUCGAGAACGUUCAGAAUGGGCAGUUGAACGUCUCGCUUCAAGAUUAACGCAGUUUCCUGAUAUAUCUAUGGACGAUAUACGUCUUUUUGUGAAAAAUGCAAGCUUUCUAACUGUUAUUCGUUGUCGAUCAUUAGAAGAAGAAAUGAAACUUUCACCAGCACGUUCAGAUGAUCUUACAUUAAUACCAACACACGAAGAGAAUGACGCCAUGCUAUGGUAUCUGGUACUUCGUGGUGCUUGUAGUUUUCUAAUGGAGAAUGGACGUUGGCCUGGUUGUUUACAGUCGUAUGUUACACCAUAUAAAGUGAUGCAUAAUAAUCAAAGCUCAAAUUCGCUGGUUCAUGCUACAGUUUCUUCAACUGGAGAGAGUCUGUGUCCAUCUGAGGAUUCUUUUAAUUCUGAUACUGACAAUAUCAUUGAAUCAGAUUUACCCAUUUUACGAAUUCACUUGAAUCGUUUACUUCGAUCGUUUGGAAUCGCUUCGAAUCGUGUCAGUAGUGAAUAUGUAGAGGAAUUAUGUCGUUUCGGUGGUGGUGAACUGCACUCAGUGGUUGCAUUUAUGGGUGGAGUUGUAGCACAAGAAGUAAUCAAAUUGCUUACACACCAGUUCAUUCCUAUAUCGAAACCAAUGAUUUACAAUGCUAUCCAACAAAAAGUGGAACUGUUAGAUUUUUAAUUGUUAGAAGAAAAAAAACAACCCGCGUUUCCUUUUCUGUUUUAUAAUGUUGUGUAUAUUAUAAUGAUAAUGCACUUCUCUUUUUUUGCUCUCUCUCCAUUUUAUGCAUCAUUCUAUUUGUAUUUCUUUUUUAUCAUUUGAUGUUUUCUAAUAAAACACAACACUGAGAGAUAAA